GAGGUUGCCUUUUGUUUGAGGGGGUGUCUAGAGUCGUUGCUCAUGUGAGCUUCUUUUUCUCAUGCUGAUUCUCUAUUUGAUUGUGUCAACCAGCAUCAUGUUUUGCUGUUUUAUUGUCUAAAAUCACCCUCUAUCUGCAACUGAUCGACUUUGAAACUACUGCUGUCAGGACCUGCUGGGAAGAUAAUGCUUUUGCCCGAGGAUGACCCAAAAGCCACCCACAUUAUGAUUGCUACAGGCACUGGAGUGGCUCCAUACAGGGGCUACCUCCGGAGGAUGUUCAUGGAGUCUGUCCCGAAGAAGUUUGAAGGCCUUGCAUGGCUUUUCCUUGGGGUUGCCAACACCGACAGCCUGCUGUACGACGAGGAAUUCACCAAGUACCUCCAGGAGUACCCUGAUCACUUCCGGUACGACAAGGCCCUCAGCAGGGAGCAGAAGAACAAGAACGGAGGGAAGAUGUAUGUUCAGGACAAGAUCGAGGAAUACAGUGAUGAAAUAUUCAAGCUGCUGGACAAUGGCGCCCACAUCUAUUUCUGUGGGCUGAAAGGGAUGAUGCCUGGAAUCCAAGACACCCUGAAGAGGGUAGCAGAGGAAAGAGGAGAAAGCUGGGAGGCAAAGCUGUCGCAGCUGAAAAAGAACAAGCAAUGGCAUGUGGAGGUCUACUGAUUGUUUUGUGUUAUGAACUGUACUAGGGAAUUUGUUGGCCGGAUUCAUUGUUGAACCUGAUUAUUGUUAGCUGCUUUCUGGUGGAUCUUUCUUCUGUUGUGUUUGUGUAAUAAGUUAAUCAACUGAGAGUUGAGACUUUCCCCCACUUAUCUUUGUUUGCUUAGAUCUCCCUAAUCUGGGAUUGAGCUAUAGUUGAUUAAGACAUGUCGGAGGUAUUCCCACUAGGCACUGCACUGAGAAGCUGCCAGCCACUAGUAUUUCAUAGGUAGAAUGGAAGUGGUUAUAUCAAAUGGAGCGCAGGCGACAUAACAGUAUGUAGUUAACUAUCAUCAUCGAGAAGUGGUUACAAUACUAAAAAGUCUUGGCUUUGGGAGGAUUUUUCCGCUCAUCUCCGUCUUUAAAAUAUCCAAAUUCAUACCCGUCACAUAUCCAUGUGAUGGAGAAUUUGCAAUCGUAUCUCGACAUAUGCGGGUUUAGAGUACCUGUGGGUAAUAUUCGUCAUGUAUAUCCAAUAAUAUUAUAUCUAGAAUUUAACAUAUAGAUCUUCAGUUAUAACACUAAACGGAUCUAAUAAGUUAUGAAAUCAACAAAACUACAAUUCUUAAUAAGAAUUCAAAGUAUCAAAUUUCAAAAAAUAUAUAUUGAUCCAUAAAAAGUAAAUAUUGUGCAAAUCAUUCAUAUCCAACUAGGACACAUCUACUAAGCAAUAAAUAACUAACAUAAUCUUGUUAACAAAAGGGGAAAAAGCGAAAGAGUGAAUGGUUAAUGGAUGAAAAGAAAUUACUAAUUAGUGUUUAGUUUGAGUGGUCACUCAAUUACAUUUCACCUCAUUAUUUUUUGAAUUACCAAUCCUGUCAUUGAGAAAUUAAAAUAUGAUCCAUAUAUUUUUAUAUUCAAAACUAUACUAUUGGUGAGACAGCUAUAUGUAUGGGGCGGGGAGUCUAAAACCAUUUCCGCCUCAUCCUCAUCAAAAGGUUUUGCGUGUUUUAUCCAUAUUCAGUAAAUACUGGAUUCUCCGGACUUACUAGACAUGGAGCGAGUAUCCCCGCAUUAGCUAGGUUAGGAACGAUUGGGUACCCGCAGUGAUGGGUUUGAUGCGGCCCAAAUGGCAAUAGCCCAAAUGUAAUUUAGAGGUCGUUUGGAAGCUGUGAUUGUUAGAAUUGUGUUUGUGGAAUACAUGUACUGUGCACAAUACAAUGUUUGGAAGUGCCAAAAUGUAAAACAAUGCAAACCCAUCACUACGGGUACCCAAUCGUUCCUAAAACAAUGCAUGGGUACCUGCAGUGAUAGGUUUGAUGCGGCCCAAAUGGCAAUAGCCCAAAUGUAAUUUACUAAAAAACAAAUAGAAAAUUGUCGUGAGCAAAUAACCUCUUAUUGAUUCAAUGGACAGGUUAAAACGUUAGAGAAGGAAGAAGUGAUUCAACGAUUUUGCGUAUCCGAGCGGGACUGUUUUAGAAAGAUCGAAUCUUUGCAAUUUGGAUAUGGAGGGAAAAUGUCCAAAAGAAAAUGGGUAAAUUACA